AGGCCCGAUUAGAGUGACUUCAUCCACUUUCAUUCCCUUCCAAUUGACAGACAGUCUCCGGUCAUUGAGGGCCUCAUUUCACCAUGCCGCCGCGCCUCAAUCUCUUUACUGCAAGAGCGGUUCCUGCUUUUUGCCAGCCUUCGACGGCCGCUGCCCGCCGCAGCAUCGCGACAAUUUUGAACGCCAACCGGCCCUCGACCUCCAAUGGCGUGAAGUCCGGCCUCUCAGCUUCGGCCCAGAUGACGAAGCGGUGGAACUCGUCUGGCAGCGAUGGAAAGGACAAGCCAGAGGGCUUUAAGGGUCCGACAGAGGAUCCAUUGCCUCAUGUCAGUGAAGAGGCCGCCGAGGUCAGCAAGAUCAUGGACAAGAGAUGCGAUGGCGUUGCCUCCAGCCCGGAGUUGGAGCAGGGAACGCCUAUUUCUGAGAUCUUGCAGCGUGAUAAGAAUGCUCAAAAACAUGCCCCCAAAGUCAUGCAAGACCAGAUGAAGAACCAAUCGGGCAAACGCUCAUUCUCAACAUCUGCUCGUCGCAUGCAACCAGAGGUACAAGGGUCGGCUAACUUCGACGACGCUUCGGCUGCCCUUGUGGCGAACAUGGUUUCUCAGGUUAACCAGCAAGCGGCCGAGUUGCAUCCUGGACUUAAAUUCGAGGCGCCCAGCAAGCCUUUGGGCAAGACCGAUAACUUCCGUUCCCGAUACGACGGACUACUGGAGCAGCUCACCAAGCAACUCAUGCGGCAUGGCAAGUUGUCCAAGGCUUACAAGGAUAUGUCGUUCAUUCUGGACCACCUGCGGACUUCUCCUCCACCCAACAGGAACCCGAGGCGACCUUUGCUUCCCGGCCCUCCUAACGCCCAGCUCCCUCUCAACCCCAUCCUCUACCUCACUCUCAUCAUCGACUCCGUUGCUCCUUUGGUCAAGCUCCGCCAACAGAAGGGUAUCGCUGGUGGUGGUGCAUCGGUGCAGAUCCCUGUGCCCCUCGCUCUCAGACAGCGUCGGCGGACGGCCAUUCGGUGGAUCAUCGACGCUUCGGACAAGCGUCGGGACAGCAACUUCGCUAUGAGAGUUGCACAGGAGCUGGUUUCCGUUGCGGAGGGCCGCAGUGGUGCGUGGGAUCGCAGGGAGAUGGUGCACAAGCUUGGUGUUGCAGGCCGGUCGAACCUUGGAUACCUCACCAACCGGAGAUACGAUGGGCCAGACCGUCAAAUCCACGAGUGCAUUGAACAGAUAUUUAAUUCAUUGCCGGUCUUGCCCCGCUCAUUCCCUCGCCUUCUUUUCUCGUCCGACACCGUGUCGUCGAAUGCCGUUGGCCGAUCUGUGGCACGCAUCGCUUCUGCGAGGGGUGCCUCCACGCACGAUAACACCGUAACCCCUCUCGGUCACCAGGCUAUCGAACUCGUCGAAUUCCCCGAAUCCCUCCCUGUCACGACAUCGGCCAAGUCACACGAUCCGCGAUCUCGAGCCGUUGCGCACCACCCGGACAGUCCCCUACACGGCACCGACGACGAGAAGAGGGUCCCCCGGCGCACCCAGCACAGAAGGCCGGAUAGAAUCAAGUUUUGGAUAGAGGCUCUCCAACGCUGCGCUCAUCGCCAUCAGCGCACCAAUCCACCCAGGAUGAAGUUCUCGCACAGCAUUCAGUUCAAUGCGGUGCCGGAUUGGAGUGCCUAUUACCUCGCUUACAGCAACCUUAAGAAAUUAAUAUAUUCCCUAGAACAGGAAGCGCACCGCUCGACUGGUCAGAGCCAUCCCGAUGUUGAGUCAGCGCCGCUGCUCGAUAACACGCCGAACCCGGAUGCGAUCUUCCGUCGGGCUUUAGAUGCGGAGCUGGAAAAAAUCUGCUCUUUUUACCAAGUGAAGGAGGUGGAGGUUUUCAAGGAGGUUGAAGAUGUGGCCAGACUUGCGGAGGACUAUGUGUCUAGGGCCGACAGGGCAAAUAUCGACCCAAUGAGCGAGAACAUUAUCAAGGCAAGGACCAUGAGUUCCGGCUCGAGGAACCGACAGGAGCGGCGGCGUAGCACGUUCAGCGACACGAUCGGAGAUGAAGAUGAUGAAGAUGACGAUGCGGACAGUGACGAUGACCGUGCCGCGCCGACGGAUCAGAACCGACCUCGAUCGCAUGGGGCCGAAUCCAGUAAUCACGAUGGUAGUCGCACGGAAGAUAUGAGGGACUCGAGCGUCUGGGCGGCAGAUUCUAGGCUGCUAGGGUACCACGGCCAAUCUACGAGCCGUGCAGGCGCCCACGACGAGCAAAGCGCCGAUCCCACCGUGGUGGAUCUCUAUAACGAUGGUGUCUCGCUCAAGAAACAGGCUGUUACCGCCUACGUUUCGGUCUGCGGGCUCAAGUCGUACAUCCAGUUGAACAAGACGGGCUUCUCCAAGGCUCUGAAAAAGUACGACAAGAUCAUGGACCGUAACUUGCGCCGGGAUUACAUGAGCGCGGUUGUGGCUCCGGCCUAUCCUUUUACGGAUUACACCAUGGAAAGAGUAGAUGAUCACAUCCACAAGAUCGAGGCUGUGUACGCUGAGGUGAUCACUACGGGUAACCUGCCUCUAGCCAAACGUGAACUGCGACUACAUCUGAGGGAACAUGUUGUCUGGGAGAGGAACACCGUCUGGAGGGAGAUGAUCGGCAUCGAACGGAAGGCCCAGGCUGCUAACGUUGGUAUCCGUCGCACUCUCCUUGGGGGUGACAAUGAUCCGGCGGCCACACGCCGCCAGGGUGACGAGCAAGAAACUAAAGCUACGGUGGUGAGGACGCCGAUUGGUGUCUACCAGCUCCCUCAGUGGGUGUGCAGCUUGAGCUUCGGUACACUUGUCUUCAUUUUGAUUGUUUUUACGGCUUUACUUUCUGUUCCUAUCCUGGAAAAGCCGGAGCAACAGAAUUGUCUGGCUAUGCUGGUUUUUGUCAGUUUGCUAUGGGCUACUGAGGUCAUUCCUCUCUUCGUGACUUCGUUACUUAUUCCUUUCCUCGUUGUGAUGCUUCGUAUCAUGAAGUCUGAGGACAAGCCUCACCAGCGGCUGGGACCGAAGGAGGCCACCGGCGCCGCCUUUAGUGCCAUGUGGACGCCGGUGAUCAUGCUCUUACUCGGCGGGUUUACCAUUGCAGCAGCGUUGUCCAAAUACGAUAUCGCUCGUCGGAUGGCUAUGUUCGUGCUGAGCAAAGCGGGUUCUAAUCCCCGAGUGGUCCUUCUCACCAACAUGUUUGUGAGCAUGUUCUUGAGUAUGUGGAUCAGCAACGUCGCCUCACCAGUCUUGUGCUAUUCGAUCAUCCAACCGCUUUUGCGCAACCUGUCGCCGGACUCGAACUUCGCCAAGGCCCUUGUCCUCGGAAUCGCUCUGGCGGCCAACGUCGGAGGUGCCGCAUCGCCGAUUGCUUCUCCACAGAACAUCAUUGCACUCCAGAACAUGUAUCCGAGCAUCAGUUGGGGUACAUGGUUCUUCAUCUCCUUGCCUGUGUGCAUCAUCUCUAUCCUGCUGAUUUGGGUCCUUCUUUUGGUUAGUUUCCAUGUGGGUAAGGAUACGACCAUUGUUCCGAUUCGACCACUCAAGGACAAGUUCACGGGUGUACAAUGGUUCAUCACCAUUGUGACUCUGUCGACCAUUGGCCUCUGGUGUGGCAGCCACCAACUCGAGCAUAUCUUUGGCGACAUGGGCGUGAUCGCCAUCAUACCGAUGGUGUUGUUCUUCGGCACCGGUAUCCUCAACAAGGAGGAUUUCAACAACUUUCUUUGGACCAUCAUCAUCCUUGCGGCGGGUGGACUCUGUCUUGGCAAGGCCGUCACAUCGUCUGGGCUUCUGCACACACUCGCUAAUGCUAUCCGGAUGCGCGUGGAGCAUCUGAGUCUCUACGGCGUGCUCAUCGUCUUCUCCGCCUUGAUCUUGGUCAUCGCUACCUUCAUCUCCCACACGGUUGCGGCGUUGAUCAUGCUCCCCCUGGUCCGCCAGAUCGGCGUCAGCAUGGCAGAUCCUCACCCCAACCUGCUCGUGAUGGCCAGCGCUUUGAUGUGCUCGGUGGCCAUGGCGCUGCCUACCAGUGGUUUCCCCAAUAUGACCGCCAUCAUGACUGAAGUCCCGCAAACCGGCCAGCGGUACCUGCAAGUCCGUCACUUCUUCACACGUGGUAUCCCGGCCAGUCUUAUGGCGUUUGUCGUGGUUGUGACGGUAGGCUAUGGGUUGAUGUACGUUGCGGGGUUGUAAUCGGGCAGGGCAUCAGGGGAUGCUUGGUUUGGGGAUUGCGUGGUUGGACUGCGGUAUCUGACUGUUCUUGGUAAUGACUUCAAAUCACCAUGGCUGACGUUGUUGCCGCGGUGAGUGGGGUUUGAGGCAUAGUACCGGACUUGGGGUAUGCAUGCUAAUAGCUGCAGUGGGAGGGGGGUGGGGGGCUUCCUGUUCUGUUCAUGUUUAUUCUUGCUUUCAUCCAACUUUCUUGUUUAACUGUUUCAAUUAGAUGGGGAAUAUAUAGAGUGUUGUGGUUCAUAUAUCUAUUUCAAGACAAG